CCAGUUAACCACAUUAUACAGAAACUCACAAAGACAAACAAAUGGCGUGUUUCGGAGAAAUCUCUGUGACAAGGCAGAUAAAACUUCUAAGAGCUCUGAAGUGCCAUUCAUGUCUCCAGUGAAUAAACCAAAGAAUAAUAGUCCAUAUGCAAAACUUAUACGUAAAAGUAAAGAGGAGAAAAAGAAAGCUAGUUGGAUCAAGGGUGGGCCAAAUUUGUAUAUACUCACAGCAACGGCAGUUGGUUUUGUAGCGUUGUAUUACUAUGUCAAACAAAAAAUGAAACAGCAGCAUGUUGCUUUGCUAAAGAACACGAUAAUGGAUGAAGAAAAUGUCCUGAUUGGAGGCAAUUGGGAAUUGAUCAAUCAGGACGGGGAAAAAGUUUCAAACAAAGACUACGAGGGCGACUGGUGUCUGAUUUAUUUUGGUUUCACUCAUUGUCCUGACAUAUGUCCAGACGAGAUCGAGAAAAUUGUAGAGGUUAUGGAUAUUCUAGGUAAAAAUCCAGGUCUUCCCAAACUAAAAGCAUUGUUUGUGACGGUGGAUCCUGAAAGGGACUCUCCAGAAUCACUAAAAACCUACCUGGCAGAAUUUUCAGACAAGAUUGUUGGUCUGACAGGAAAUGCUGAUGAAUUAAGAAAAAUUUGGAAUGCGUUUAAAGUUUAUCAUUCAAUGGGUCCUAAAGAUGAAGAUGGGGAUUAUAUAGUUGACCACUCUAUCAUCACAUACUUGAUGAAUCCAAACGGGAAAUAUGAGGGACAUUUUGCGAGAAGUAAAACAAACAUAGAUGUGGCCAAUGCAGUAGAAAAGAAAAUGAAUAUUUGGAAACCAAAAUCAUGAUGACAGUGUUUCUUAUAUCUAGAUUUAAAAUACAAUGUGUUUUCUUUCUUUAAAUUUGUUACGUUCACAUACAAAUAUAGUGGUUAUUCUGUCAGAAUGCAAUAUUGUUGCUGCCUCUUAUUGCAAUACUUUCUUCAAGUAACAUUUUAUGUAGGUUUAAACCUUGUUCAUGAAAAUUAAAUUUCACUAUUCAUAUAUACAUUUUUUAAAGGAACUCCACUUAGGUUCAAAAGCCUAAAAGUGUAUAUUUUUUUACACACAUCAGCUGGGGUAGUAAAACAGGAAGACAUAAAAAAAUAAUUAAGAAAAUAUACUCAGAAAUGAGUUGAAAAGCGUAUUUUUGUGCUAUUUUUCAUUUGAUUUGAUUGAAAAACGUUUAAAUGCUUGAAUAAUUAUCCUGGAUAAACAGCGAAUGAUCUAAAAUUUAGCCUACAAUUUACUGAUCUAGACCUACAUCAAACUGAGCAUUAAUCUUUAAAAAUUAUUUCCAGUCUCGUCAUAUCAAAAAAUCUCGGUGGAGUCCCUUUAAAGUUUUUUGAAAUGUGAUAUACCCUGUUGUUAAUUUGGAAUUGUUCAUUGUUCAGGAAUUUUAACUUUCAAGACUAUAUACGAGAGAACAUUAAUAUGGCAUGGUUGCGCAGGCAGGCUUAAUAUUUGUGGCUUAGACAAACCAGCCUCUACACAAGGGUUUAAACAUUUAAGAAACUCCACUGAGGUCCUAAAGCAUAAAAAACAUAUCAAUUUUGAAAUUUUUUAGAUAGAUCAUUUAGAUAGAUCAAGAGGGGCAGAAAUAUAUCCAAAGGAUAAUUAAAAACAUACUCAGAAAUUAAUUUUUGAAAAUAUAUCUUUGUACUAUUCAUAGCGUAAUUUUGGGUCAAUUUUCAUGAUAAGAAUAAGUAUUCUGGAAAAAAACGGAGUGAGCCAAUUAUUUAAAAUUUUGCAUAAAAGUUAUUGGUCAAGUCUUAAAUCAAAUAGAACAUUAAUCUCGAGUCUCCAGUCCUGUCAUGCCAAAAUAACCUCAGUGGAGUCCCUUAAGUGCUUUAAGUAAAUUCUUUCUAAACUAUUUCGUAAAAUCACAAUAUUGUUUCUUUUGUUGCUAUACAAAUACAGUAAAAAGCUUCAUUUGUUACCAUUUUAAGUGUAUUUUUAGCUCACCUGUCACAAAGUGACAGGGUGAGCUUUUGUGAUCGCUUUUCGUCCGGCGUCCUUCCGUCCGUCCGACGUCCGUCCGUCGUCCGUCCGUCCGACGUCCGUCCGUCGUCCGUCCGUAAACUUUUACUUUAAAUGACAUCUCCUCAUAAACCACUAAGCCAAUUUCAUCCAAACUUCACAGGAAUGUUCCUUUGGUGGUCACCUUUAAAAAUUGUUCAAAGAAUUUAAUUCCAUGCAGAACUC